AUGGCUACGCAAUUGAACAAAAAACUCAAUCAGGCCGGCAACGGUACAGACUUCCCGAAGGCGGGAGACACCAUCACCAUGGCCUACACAGGCUGGCUCCAUGAGCCCUCCAAGGCAGACGCCGACUUCAAGGGCAAUCAAUUCGACAGCUCCGUUGGUCGAGGUGACUUCCAAACUAGGAUUGGAGUUGGCCAGGUCAUCCAAGGCUGGGACCAAUUGGUGCCACAGAUGUCAUUGGGCGAGAAGGCCACCUUGACAAUUCCUGGAAAUCUCGCAUAUGGCGAUCGCGGAUAUCCUGGCCUCAUUCCCAAGAAUGCCACCUUGAUCUUCGAUGUUCAUCUCAAGGCCAUCAACAACAAGAAGGCAUAA